AUGACUGAUGGCGAGGGGAGAGCGCGCUUUCAGUUCGCAGAGGUCCAGCAGCAGCAGACGGGACAAGACCAGGAAGCACCGGAGGCCGAGUCGCCCCCUCCCGACCAGGUGAUUCUGGCCGUACCCACCUGUUACCACAGCAACAGCCCGGAAGACCUCGACCCGGGAGGGGUUGGCACUGAGGGUCACGAUGAGGGGGAAGAGGAGGAUAGGGGAGAUUGGAGAGAGGAGAUUGAAGAAGAAGAGGAGCAGGAGGAUAUUACAGGGGAGCCCGAGUUGGGGGAGGUUCCCGGGCCGACCGUUGGGGUGAGGAUCAGAGCGCCUAUUCGGGACCCGGACUGCAUAUCGGAGGAGGAGGAGCAGCAGCCGUACCCCGCCCUGGCACCGGUGGCCUUCUUCUGCCUCAAGCAAACCACACGGCCUCGCAACUGGUGUCUGCGCGUUGUAUGUAACCCAUAUCCUUUUUCACACGCAACUGGGACGAGCUCAUGGGGGUAA